GCAAUAUUGCCCAGUAAACACCUUUAUUUUUGUGAAGAUCACUUUGAUUUACCAAAUGAUAUGGAGAAUUAUAUGGAAUAUCAUGUGAUGGGCUCGGUGUCACUGAUUCGCAUGAAACCCGGGUGUAUGCCCACUAAAUUUGAAUGUCAAGCAGAUAGAAGAAAACGAACAUCAGAUGCUACAGAAAGACCAUGUAUGGUCAAAAAAGAAAGAAAUACAUUGAUAGAAGAAUGUCAGAAAGAUUUAGAAUUUAAAAUUAAAAGUAACAUUACUGCUAAGCCAUCAACGUCCAACGUACAGAAAUUACUCAAGAAAGAGGAAGAAUCUGAUAGUGAUAUUUCUUAUACACCAUCUGUAACGCACAGAGAUUCAUCACCAUCAACAAUAUCUCUACAAGUCAAAUCUACUUCAGAGUGCAGCGAAUUGAUUGAAGAAGAUAAAAAACAAGUUAAAUCAAAAAGUAUGGAAUUUAAAUUCUUAAAAAUAACAAAUAAUCCCCUUUUUUACAUUGGAGUUCCUAAAAACUGUUUCUACUUAAUAAAUUUAAUUGAAGAAAAAUUAAGUAUUCCUGUAAACCAUAUACUUAUGUGUUUAAAAAAAAUUAGAUUGAAUAACACAUUCAGAGAGCUUGCUGAUGAUUUUUCAAUGGAUCCAACACAUUCUAGCAAAAUAUUUCUAAGGAGUAUACCAUUAAUAGCUAGUAUAAUGCGACCUUUUCUUGUAAAAUUAGAUAAGCAUUUAACAAAAAUAAAUUUACCCAAGGCUUUAAGGCACAAAUACCAUAGUUUAAAUUGCAUCAUAGGCUGCCUAGAAAUAGAAGUGCUAAUGCCUUCAAGAGCUUUAAGUCAAUCACUGCCAUGGUCAGAGCACAAAAAAUCUAAAACUAUUAAAUAUCUAGUGUCCUGUACACCUAAUGGGUUAGUCAAUUAUAUUUCACCAGGUUAUGGGGGAAGAAUAACAGAUACAUGUUUGGUUGAAUCUUGUGAUUUUAUUAAGUGUCUGCAACCUGGUAUGUGUAUCAUGGCCGACAGAGGAUUUAAACAGGUAGAACCAUAUUUAAGACAACAGGGAGUGCAGUUAGUGCAGCCUCCAAGUGUUACAACUGCGUCUAAAUUAUCAAAAAAUGAGGCAAGGGAAACUAAAAAAAAUGCUAGUCUGAGAAUACAUGUGGAGAGAGUGCUUCGACUUCUACGUGAAUUUGAUAUGUUAAAGCCACAUGCAUGUGUGGAUAAUAGUUUAAUAAAAGUACUUGAUGAUGUCAUCACCAUUGCCUGUGCUUUAAUCAACUUACAGGAUUAAUUGAUUAAAUAAAACUAUUUUUGUUUUAA